UGAGUGUGAAGAGAGUUGGUGUGAUCCUGAUCAGGAUUGGAAUCAAUGGAUUGAAGCCAAUGUAUGGGUCAGCUAUACCACUGAUCAUGGUGCAGUUUAAUGGACAGUAUCAUACUCUUAUUGGCAUGAUCUAUGAGGUUCUGGAUAGAGAGAAGAGAAGAACUGUUGGUACUGCCUUGAAACAGCUUGAACAAAGAGGAUUCAACCAACUGAGCUUAACAGGAGCUAUGGAGACCAUUCACCUCGUCCAAAUUUGUAUGGAGAACAAGGAAAACAUGUCAGGAAGUUUCUGGAUUGGGUUAUAUUUGGAUCUAGGCGAAAUAGGCUUUUUCGGUCCAAAAAGAGAGUUGCAGCCAGAAUCUUGAUCCACUUGCUUUCUAGCUGGCCUAACAGGACGUGGAGGAUCUAAAGUUCAUUAGGAGACACUCCAAAUCAAGUUCAAGUCGUGGCCCAUCAUAAACCAAAGAAGAACCAGCUUGUUGGUUUGAUUUAAUUGCAAUGUAAUGGGUUUAGUUUAUUGGGCUUUCAUUUAAUUUAAACCAAAGACAAUUAGGAAUUGAGUAAACCAGAUUUGGGUAGAUUAAUAUUUAAAAUAAACCAAUUUCGAAUUGGAUUAGGAGAUUAAACCAUCUUGGUUUAAAUUUAGGGUUUUCAGUUUUAUUCUUUUAACAUAUGUAGCCACGUUUUGGCAUGAAGAUCAAUCAAUCGACAUUUUUUUCAACUUCUUUGUUUUGAGUUUUCUCUCAAUUCUGCUGGUGUGUAAUAUCCAGCUUGGGUUCUCUGAUUUGGUGUGUCAUAUCCAGAUCAGAAGCCUUGGAGUAUCAGGAGGCGAGCCAUCUCUCUUGUGUCCCACAUCAAUCCACAAACCUUGAUACAGAUCGAGUCUUUGAUUCUCUGUUGCAAGGAUUAUCUUUGUGAUCCAUCCUAGACACUAAGCAGGGUGAUCCUGUGUCUGUGGAGCAGAAAAAAACAUCUUUAUAGCAUCCCAUAGCUCUAAGGAGAAGACCAUAUCCAUCACCUUUCAUCCACCCACGCCCCCUUCAAGUGAUCCAGGGAGAGACAGUCCUAUCCAGGGCUACACCAAGUGGUAUCAGAGCCUCUUGAGGGUUAGGGUUUGAAGUUUUAACAAGGGAGCACGAAAUCUAUCAGUUAACAAACUGUAUUCUAUGUCUGGAUAUGAAGAAGAGCUUACAAUUCCAUUCUUCUAUGGGAAGAUUGAUACAGAGGCAUAUCUUGAUUGGGAAAAGAAGAUGGAGUUUCUCUUUGGACUCCUAUACUACACUGAAAAGAAAAAGGUAUGUCUAGCAGUCAAUGGACUCUGUGGAAGUGCAUUCUCAUGGUGGCAGAGAGUUUCUCAGACUAGGAGAUUUGAAAAAAAAACCUCAAAUUAUUUCAUGGGUGGAGAUGAAGACCUUGAUGAAGAAGAGGUUUGUCUCGCAGUGGAAACUUUCAAAACUAAAACCAGAAGCAGCAACAAAGCUUACUAUUUUAGAUCAACCUGCCUAUUGGUCUGAAUUGCCAUUAAAACCGGCUGAGAGAAGAUCUGUGGUUCCUGUUCUAUCAUUGAAACAAGAGGAGGAAAAGCAGCAAGCUUCUAUAUUAGCUUCUCCAAUAAAACAGAUUGAGGAGAGUCAUAAAACUGAACCAGAACCAACAACCCUUUGUUUAAAACUAGAGGAGGAGGCAGAAGUUGCAGAAGCUGAGUGUGGCCACGUGCCUGAUCAAAUAAAACAAGAAGAAAAGGUUCCUGGAGGGUCAUCUAAAGCUCUUGAAUUGCUCAGCUUAGUGGAACAUCUGAGAGUUGUUAAGGGCUUGCAACAAGUUGUUUUUGAACCAGGAGGAAGCUUGUGUGUGGUUAGAAGAAACAAACAAAUUCUGGAUCAGAAAGCAACUGCAUACAAGCUCAAUUUGCAAGGUUCAUUCACUCUUGAAAAACAAGAUUUGUGGUCAAAUCUUUUUAAAGGGAGAGAGAAUGGUAUGAUAAAAACUAUUUGCAGAGAGAAUGAAGGAGAGUCAGGAGGUAACACGUCCUUUAUCAGGUUCAUAACUGACCAGAACAAGCUGAGAAGAGAUAAACAGGAACUGGUGGUGGUUAAAGAGAAGCCAGAACUGGAGGAUGAGUAUGGGGACCAAACCACACGACCACCUGACCAGAAGGAUGUUAAACUGAGAGUACAUGGUCUCAUGUUGAUGACCAGGACGUGGAUAGGAUCAUCCUGGAGAGAAGCAUUCAACUGCAAACUCAACAAAGUGGAGAAAUCAUCUGCCUUAGAAGCCACAUGCAGUGAGGAAAGUUCCAAGAUGUUGCUGAGACAUGAAGAAGGACUGCAGAGCUUUGUGUUUCAUCCUGGAGAGACUAGAGAGGUGAUGAUAUAUCUCAUGGCCAGGUCAGGAACUUUGGAGUUAAAUUAUCAAGGUUCUGUCAUCCUACAGAGCUUGGAUUUGAGGACAAAUCCUUUUAAAGGAGGAGGGGAUGGUGUGAUCCUGAUCAGGAUUGGAAUCAAUGGAUUGAAGCCAAUGUAUGGGUCAGCUAUACCACUGAUCAUGGUGCAGUUUAAUGGACAGUAUCAUACUCUUAUUGGCAUGAUCUAUGAGGUUCUGGAUAGAGAGAAGAGAAGAACUGUUGGUACUGCCUUGAAACAGCUUGAACAAAGAGGAUUCAACCAACUGAGCUUAACAGGAGCUAUGGAGACCAUUCACCUCAUCCAAAUUGUAUGGAGAACAAGGAAAACAUGUCAGGAAGUUUCUGGAUUGGGCUAUAUUUGGAUCUAGGCGAAAUAGGGCUUUUUCGGUCCAAAAAGAGAGUUGCAGCCAGAAUCUUGAUCCACUUGCUUUCUAGCUGGCCUAACAGGACGUGGAGGAUCUAAAGUUCAUUAGGAGACACUCCAAAUCAAGUUCAAGUCGUGGCCCAUCAUAAACCAAAGAAGAACCAGCUUGUUGGUUUGAUUUAAUUGCAAUGUAAUGGGUUUAGUUUAUUGGGCUUUCAUUUAAUUUAAACCAAAGACAAUUAGGAAUUUGAGUAAACCAGAUUUGGGUAGAUUAAUAUUUAAAAUAAACCAAUUUCGAAUUGGAUUAGGAGAUUAAACCAUCUUGGUUUAAAUUUAGGGUUUUCAGUUUUAUUCUUUUAACAUAUGUAGCCACGUUUUGGCAUGAAGAUCAAUCAAUCGACAUUUUUUUCAACUUC